UAAAAUAUAAUUUUCUUACAUAUGUGCAUUAAUAAUUUUGAAUUAUUUCGAUAAGUUCUAUCAAUAUAUAAAAGGAAUAUAUUUGAAAUGGGUGGCUGGCAAUUGGAAGUCUUCAAAAUGACGCUCUACAUGUCGUUUCCGGUGGCUAUGUUCCACAUCUUCAAUCAACCGGCUUACUUUGAAGAGUGGGUGACCAAAACGCGUCGUGAACUAUAUCCGCCAGAGAGUUUAGGGCAUCGUGAAGAGAUUCAAAAAGCUAUCAAAGAAGUGCAACAAAAGCGGGAUAAAGAAAUGUUGAAAGCCUUGGAAGAUAUAGAAAAGCGUGAGAAAGUAUAAGGCGCUGGAAAUAAGAGUAAAUUUUUUCAAUUUAAACUGAACUCUUAAUAUUUAUUAUAUAAGGUUAUACUUGUUUUUAUUGUUUAUGUACAUUGUUUACCUUCUGUAAGAAUUCCAUUUCAUUGGAAUAUAUGUAUGAAAUUCAAAGGGUUUAUUACAAUAAAAAACGAACUGGAGUUGAUAAUUUAACCAAACUCUUACUGUGGAAGUG